UGAAAGAUCUUGUGGCAAUUAGUCCUUAUGAGCUAAUUAUUUUCACCUUGUUCCAUAGGUUAGAAUACCAUUUCACAUACAUAAAGGUUAAAUGAAAAAUAUGAUUAGCCAGUUUAGGCAAGCAUGCAGAGGUAUAUCUUAAGGUUAACAUGCUUAGCUCCUAUCCUGCUUUCAGCUGUGGUCUCUCUGAUUUACGAGCUUCACUUAAGUAUCAGCUGCUUGCAGUAUCAGGCUGUGUUUGCAGUACACGUUUGGGGAUGUAUUUGAGACUAAGUAUGGGACACGACAAUGAAGAGAACCAAGUGGAUCUCUGCAGAGGUUCAGUCACACAACUGUAUUAGGAGCAGUGCAAAUACACCAAAGCCACCCUCCUUUCUAAACAGGACUGGAUUUUUGACAAAAUAUUCAACAAGCUGUGUGCUGAAUGCUGAGAAUAACUAAAUCAGGUUGUUAAUUUUCUUAGCCUUUAAAUGUUGUAAGAGAGAAGAUAACUUAGGAUUUUUGUUUGCACAUUCUUAUGACUGAAAUAAUGUGUACAUUUUACAGGCAGUUUACCGAACUCCAUACCAUAUUUCUGUGUGAUUCAAGUCCCUUCUGGAGGCAAGAGGAAUGACACUGAGGCUAUCCAAGAAUAACAGAGGCCAUAUACCCCAUUCCAGUAUUCUUAUGUGCUGGAUUAGCUCUCGAAUUUUUUCUGGCAUUCUCUACGUCUGCAGAAUUGCCUAUUGCAGCAACUUCUAUUAGUAAUAACACUCCCAAAACAUGUAGCUAGACAUCAGCAUUUUAAUGAUAGCUUGUAGCUGUAAUAAUAACUUGUAGCUGUAGCUGCAUAUUUUAAAAUUAUAUUUGUAAUUCUAUAGCAGAAAUUAAAAAAAAAAAAAAAAAGAAGGUAUUUUGGGCUAUGUAAGGUGGGCUUAUUUUAAAGUAGCUAGAAAAGCUACUUCUUGAGUUGUGUGAUACUACUUAAAUGAAUUAAAUUCUAAAUCACCUGCUCAAGUCUCACUGACCUCUUAGUGCUCAUUAAAUAAUUAUAAUUUAUUAGUAAUGGCCUGAAAGCUUCAGUUUCUUAAAACAAUCACUUAAUAUAGUAGUUUCAUGUUAAAACAGCCUGUAAAAUAUUGCAUUUCUAGCAAACUUUAAAUGGCUCUAGUGAUUUUAAUCAUUUAGUUGAAACUGUAAUUUUCUGGGAGAUGAAAUUAUCUCCUAACUGUGCUGUAAAAGUUUCUUACAGGCAUUUAUUUCACAUGAAUUAAAAUCAAGUGCUGAAUAAUGAAUUCACAUAUGACUGUUUAAUUAGCAAUAAUUAAUGAAGAUAAAUAGCUCAAUAAUUAAACUUAAUUUUAACUUCACCAUAAUAAUGUGUUUCCAAGUGUCAGAAUCAGAAACUAGGGAAUACUGUAAAUUUAUUUUUCUAUGCAAGUUUGGCACAAGAAAUAAAUAUUAAAUAUUUUUAAAAUAACUUCCAUUGUUUUAGAUUUGGUACAUUUAUUUUUAUAGGCUUUAAGUAGUAAAGUAGUGUUUUUACCAGGUAAACUAUGAAAUAAUACUCCUUUGAGUUUUAGGUAUUUUUAAAGUUGUUAAGAGAAAGUAAAAUUAUUUUUUUUUUGCAUUUGCUAAUAUUUAUUAUUGUGCUCAUUGCAUAAACUACAUUAUUUAAAGUCUGGCUUGCACAACAGUCAGAAAUGUCAAAAAGACCUCAGAUCCAUGUUUUUGUGGGAGCACCCAGCAUUCCAGGCCCCCUGGAGGUGUUAGAGCGCAGUAGUUCAGCACCUACUGCUGAGAAAUGGAGAGAGCUGCACUAUUUGUGUGACGCACGUGGUCUUUUUUCUGAAAAAGUCCAGGGUGCUGCUGACCCCUCAGUGUUCCAGGCAGGAAACUCCGCAGUCACAGCAGUUCCUACAGGGGAUGGCAGCUCUCUGCAGCCUCAACAGGGCAGGGCAGUGGCAGCAGCAGAAGGUUUGACACCUCUUGUACCUGUGACAGUAAGUUGUACCAGCACACCUAAAGAGACCAAAAGUUUAACUUAUUCUGAUUGCCAGAUAUCUAAAGAUAGAUACACACCUGCAGAUGUAACUCAGGCUGCAGAUCAACACCUUCCACAGAAGUGUCCAGGAUCAGCUGGGCAAGACAAAUCAUCCCAUGGCUGCUGUUCAGACCUCACCAAGAGAAAAGCUGGUCAUUCGGAAGUGAACGGCGCUGACAUUUCCGAGUUGGUUGCCAGUACGAAGCAGAUCAGCAUAAAUCUGUCUGUGGGACAGCAGUCAGGUCACAGAAGUGAUCAUCAGCAGCAUCUAGAUCAGUAUCUGGAUACGGUUUUCCAAAAACGUCAAGAGUCAAAACCAAAAGAACCAAAGGAUUGUUCAGACUUGGCAGUGUCAACAGAUACUGAAUUUCGCAGUGUAGUGACAUCAAGUCAGAUGGUUGUUCUUGCACAGGAGCGGAAUGAGAUGCUGGGAAGAAUCAUAAAUCUGUCAGAAACAGAAGCAGGCAAAAAAGCUGAAGAAAGGCAGUAUGAUCACUUCCAGUUUGAUUCUGGUGUUGGAACGUGUACUAACGUGGCUGAAAAUGAAUGUAAGGAAGAGUAUGCAAGUUCUCUUGAUCUUUUCAGUUCUGAGGAUGAUGGGGAAAACAUUUGUUUUGAAGCUACAAAACAAGAAGGAAGUGCUCAGGAAAACACAGGGAAGUUACAAGAAAUUGAAGCUCCUUCUGAGCGCUUGGUAAAUGAAAUCCAUAUUGAACCACUGAGCUCUGGAAUAUUGUGCUCUCAAGUAGAAAGUUCUUCUCACAAGAACUCUUCUAAAAGACCCCGCAAGUGUGAAGAUUCCUUUCCUCUUUUUCACUCAGCAUUUAAAAGGCAGCUGGUAUCCAAGAGAGCUAAACUGAAUUCUUCUCCACCUGGUCCUGGGACUAGAGUGGAUCAAGAGAGGAUGACAGACUUCAAGAAACUUCAGAAGAAACUAUCACUACUUAAGAAUUGCUGCUGCAAAAAUCAAAAGUACAAUGUUUUGGUCACAGUAGUACAUCCUUGUCAUAUCAAAGAAAUACAAGUAAAGACUAGACCAAAAUCUUCAUGUAAAGUUCCUGUAGCAACAAUUGUUGUUAUUGACCAGUCAGAAACUGAGAGAAAGGUGGUGCUGUGGCGUGGUGCUGCAUUUUGGUCCCUCACUGUGUUUCCUGGAGAUGUUGUACUGCUUACAGAUAUAACAAUGUAUGAGAACCUUUGGUGUGGAGAAAUCAUGCUUCAGUCUACAUUUACCAGUCGGUUACUGAAUCUGGGGAACUGCUCAGCUCUCAAUCCAGAAGAAUUUUAUCCUGUAGUGGAUUGUGGUGUUCUCUGUGGCUUAUUGGCAUACAUAUCAUCAGAAUUUCCUCACUUCAGAGACAUUCCACAGAGACAAGUCCAGAGACUGGACAGUGUUCAGUAUAUGCAGCUAGAUCAGCUCCAGCCAAAUACAUUGGUGCACUCAGUCCUGAAAAUUAUCGACAUUGCUAUAUUAACAGAAUCUGUGUAUAGCUACAAAGGUGGCAGCCAAAGAAAAAUUAUUCUAACAGUAGAGCAGAACAGAGAUCAACAUUACAGGAUGGUUCUGUGGGGAGCUGGGGCUGCCUGGUGCCCUCAGCUUCAAAGGAAAAAAGAUCACCUAUGGGACUUCAAAUACCUUCUGGUCCAACGUAGUUCUGUCUCAGGUGACUUGGAACUGCACACAACUCCAUGGUCAUCCUGUGAGUGCUUGUUUGAUGAUGACAAAAGGGCAAUUGAAUUUAAAGAGAAGUUUCAGAAAAGCCAGACAUCCCUCAUGCAGUUGACAAAGCUCUCUGCGCACUUGGAGGAAAAAUGCUCAGGAGUGAUUCAAGUGAAAGCCCAUAUCUUAGAACUGAAGUUUACCAUUUCAACUGGUCGGUACAAGCAACUCAUCUUCUCUGCUGACACUUCACUGGAGUGUGUUUUGGCUUCUCUGCCUAUGAUUACAUAUUCAGGUUGUGCCAAAUGUGGUUUGGAACUGCAGGCAGAUGAGAACAUGAUCUACAAGCAAUGUAUUAGAUGUUUGCCAUACAACAAAGUAAAAACAUUCUACAGACCUGCCUUGAUGACAGUAGAAGAUGAAGGAUAUGAAAUUUAUGUUCAUGUCGUGUCUGAGCUGAUGGAAAAAAUCUUCCUCAAUAUUCCUGCAGACUGGCUGAACAGAUUAGUAGUGCCCCCCUCAGAUAUAACCUACGGCGCAGUAGUAGCAGAUCUGUGUCACUCACUGCUGACGGAUACAGAAGCAUCCUAUUUGUUGGAAAUCAGGAGCCAUUUUGUGCUAGAUGAGAACAGCUACCCUUUGCAAAAGGAUUUCCAUCUGCUAAACUUUCAUCUUGAUCUCUGAAGUAUUGACCUCUGCAGUAACUGAGUAACAAAGACCAUAAGAACACACAGAGGGUAAGCAGAAGAAAAAUGAGUUAAGUGAAAGAAGCAAAUAUCUUAAAAAAAUCACAAUAAAGGACUUUAACCUUAACUUAUGAAAAAUAGCAAAACCACCUAAAGGACUGAUAUGGAAAAUGUGCUAAUAGUAUAUACUGCUGUUGUAAUACUGAUGAAUUGUUACAGAGUAUAUUUUUUUAACCUGUAUUUUUAUCUUAAUAAACUCUUCCUGG